GUUCUGGGAAGAUGGCGAAGGUCUCAGAGCUUUACGAUGUCACUUGGGAAGAAAUGAGAGAUAAAAUGAGAAAAUGGAGAGAAGAAAACUCAAGAAAUAGUGAGCAAAUUGUGGAAGUUGGAGAAGAAUUAAUUAAUGAAUAUGGUUCUAAGCUGGGAGAUGAUAUUUGGAUCAUAUAUGAACAGGUGAUGAUUGCAGCACUAGACUAUGGUCGGGAUGACUUGGCAUUGUUUUGUCUUCAAGAGCUAAGAAGACAGUUCCCUGGCAGUCACAGAGUCAAGCGAUUAACAGGCAUGAGAUUUGAAGCCAUGGAAAGAUAUGAUGAUGCUAUACAGCUAUAUGAUAGGAUUUUACAAGAAGAUCCAACUAACACUGCUGCAAGAAAGCGUAAGAUUGCCAUUCGAAAAGCCCAGGGGAAAAAUGUGGAGGCCAUUCGGGAGCUGAAUGAGUAUCUGGAACAAUUUGUUGGAGACCAAGAAGCCUGGCAUGAACUUGCAGAACUUUACAUCAAUGAACAUGACUAUGCAAAAGCAGCCUUUUGUUUAGAGGAACUAAUGAUGACUAAUCCACACAACCACUUAUACUGUCAGCAGUAUGCUGAAGUUAAGUAUACCCAAGGUGGACUUGAAAACCUCGAACUUUCAAGAAAGUAUUUUGCACAGGCAUUGAAACUGAACAACAGAAAUAUGAGAGCUUUGUUUGGGCUUUAUAUGUCGGCAAGUCAUAUUGCUUCUAAUCCAAAAGCAAGUGCAAAAACGAAAAAGGACAACAUGAAAUAUGCUAGUUGGGCAGCUAGUCAAAUAAACAGAGCUUAUCAGUUUGCAGGUCGAAGUAAGAAGGAAUCCAAAUAUUCUCUUAAGGCUGUCGAAGACAUGUUGGAAACAUUGCAGAUCAUCCAGUCUUAAGGUUUCAAAAACUCUUUGACAUUAGAUUUCACAACUGCACAAUUGAACUUAUUGGCCUGUAACUUAUUUACUAAAUGCCCAGUGCUAUUUAUAUACUACAGUAAUUUUCUGUUAAGAAGGCAGUUGUAAAGAAUGUGUUUAUAUAAACCUAAAAAUGCCUUUUACUGCUAAGUGGGAAGAUGGGGGAAAUCCAUGGAAGAGAGAUUUAAGACUUAUUGAUUGUACAUCAGUCUCUUCAUAUCACAUAUACAUAUAUAUAUAAAACUCUAAUGUAGAAUAACCUUGUUAAAUAAACCAUGAUGAUUUAUUAAAAAAAAAAAAAAAAAAAAAAAAAAGAAAA